UCCUAAAAAGUUACAUGAGUCUGAGUUCUUCGGCAAAAUACACUAAUUAAUAUAGGAAAGGAACACUCAAUUGUUUUACAUAGAAAUUAGUGAUCAUUAGAAAAAAAUUACACUUUCAAUUAUUCAUUCGCUGAACAGUCUCAAGCAAGGCAGUUUCAACACACUCUGGGCUGACUGAGCAGAAAGAGAGAUGGAAAUUAUUUGAGCAAUCUAGUGAAGAGGGAAAUUCCUUUGCAUUAAUUCUCACAUGAGAGCCUGAAAAUGAAUUUGGAUUCCUGUGAGUCGGGCUCAUUUGGCUUCUUUCAUUGCCGCUUGUUCAGGAUUUGAAGCAUGAGGUUUUCAGUAGCGUUCUCCUCUUUCCCCUUUCUCUGGUAUUUCAAGGAAGUUGCUGAAGGAACGUCGGAGUGGAGAUGACCCCCUCGGACAAAGACUCAAAUGGACUGGACAACCCGACUUUUGUAACUGAUGAAGGAGACCAUUAUUGUAGCUUCAAUGAAGGUGAUGCUACAGUUCCAGAUAGUGAAGAAAGGCAUAAAGGCUACGGCAAAGAGAGCAACAGACUUGCUUACAUUGUUACAGAUAUCCCACCAUGGUAUCUCUGCAUCUUCUUGGGAAUUCAGCACUACCUGACUGCCCUUGGAGGUCUUGUGUCCAUCCCGCUGAUCCUUUCCAGAGCCCUUUGCCUGGAGCAUGAUGCCAUCACCCAGAGUCACCUCAUCAGCACCUUCUUUUUCGUCUCAGGGAUCUGCACCCUCAUUCAAGUUCUUUUUGGAGUCAGGCUGCCUAUCCUACAAGGAGGAACAUUUGCCUUUGUAACUCCUACACUGGCCAUGCUCAGUCUCCCUCAAUGGCAGUGCCCUGCUUGGACCCAAAAUGCUACCCUGGUCGAUGCAGCUUCUCCAGUAUUUAUUGACGUCUGGCAAAAACGAAUGCGAGAGGUGCAGGGAGCAAUAAUGAUUGCCUCUUGUUUCCAAAUUUUCGUCGGCUUCUCUGGCCUCCUUGGAUUUUUGAUGCGCUUCAUUGGCCCAUUGACCAUUGCUCCGACUAUCUCCUUGGUGGCCCUGCCUCUCUUUGAAUCAGCAGGAAGAGAGGCAGGUGAGCAUUGGGGCAUCGCAGCCGUAGCUAUUUUCCUCAUAGUUCUGUUCUCUCAGUAUUUGAAAAAUGUGCCUGUUCCAAUGCCUUCUUACAAUAAAAGAAAGAAAUUCCAUUGCUCCAAGAUCUACCUCUUCCAGAUCUUCCCAGUACUCUUUGGCCUUAUACUUACCUGGAUUCUGUGUCUAAUCCUGACUGUCUCCAAUGCCUUUCCUUCGGACUCUACUGCAUAUGGCUUUUCUGCUCGUACUGACAGCAAAGGCGAUGUCCUGUCCAGGGCACCUUGGUUUCGGUUUCCUUACCCAGGUCAAUGGGGAGUUCCCACAAUUAGCUUGGCUGGAGUAUUUGGGAUCAUAGCUGGUGUGAUCUCCUCUAUGGUGGAAUCGGUGGGAGAUUACUAUGCCUGCGCUCGUUUGUCUGGUGCUCCACCUCCUCCCAAGCAUGCCAUCAACCGUGGAAUCGGGGUGGAAGGGAUUGGCUGCCUUCUGGCUGGGGCCUGGGGCACAGGAAAUGGCACCACCUCUUACAGUGAAAAUGUGGGUGCGUUGGGGAUCACUCGGGUAGGGAGCAGAAUGGUCAUUGUGGCCGGUGCUUGUGUUAUGCUUGUGACUGGCCUAUUUGGGAAGAUCGGGGCUAUGUUUGCCAGCAUCCCAACACCUAUAAUUGGAGGAAUGUUCUUUGUGACAUUCGGUAUCAUCACUGCUGUGGGGGUUUCCAAUCUACAGUAUGUAGACAUGAACUCUUCAAGAAACUUGUUCAUCUUCGGAUUUUCAGUAUUCACGGGUUUAACGCUUCCUUACUGGGUACAGAAUAAUUCACACAUGCUGGAAACAGGAAUUGUCCAGCUGGACCAAGUGCUCCGGGUGCUGCUAACUACGGGCAUGUUUGUGGGGGGAUUCCUAGGCUUCCUCCUUGACAACACUAUUCCAGGGAGCAAGGAGGAACGAGGAAUUGAUGCAUGGAGAGAAAGUUGUGGAGAUCAAUCUGAUGAGACUGUGAAUAUGUCAAGCGUUUACGACUUACCCUUUGGAUUUGGUUCCAAGUUCUGUGUUGCUAACUGGUUUCAGUAUCUCCCAACGUGCCCCAAACGACCAGCAAGUCAUAGUGCAAACGAACUCAACAACUAUGCAGAAGAUGCAAGCAAGAAGAUCAGUUCAGAAAAGGACACAGAGAUUAACAUUGACACCAAGAUAUAAGGCUACACCAGCAAAUAAACUUGGACAUCCUCUCUUUGGCUAACUUCCUCACCAAGACUAUGGCUGUGGCCAUGGAAUGAUUUACCACCCACAGCAAAAAUGGGAUCCUUGUUUCAGUUUCUUUUCAGAAAAAAAUACAGUAUGAGUUUGAGGAAUAGUCAAUCUUGCUGGGAGUGGGGAACUUCUGCAUUGGGAAUCUGCUGCCCAGAAUAGAUGAGUGUCAUUCUUGGAUUCAUGAGGAACUGGACAAGGUAGUCAAAGGGAGAAAGACACCUGGGCCAUGUUGCAUAGAAUCCAACCUUGUCUCACCCAGACUGAACUUGUACGGUUCUCCAGAAUACUCUGUGUGCCUCCAUAUCGUGCUGUUCUUCCAUCUUUAAAUCUACAGGUUUGUUGAGUCUCUGGAGGUUGCAUGCCCCAUGGUUUGUUUUAUUUAUCUGCUACAAUGAGCUUCAGAAUUGGUCUGGGACUUCUGAAUAAAUCUGUUAUUUAAAAAUGGUCUCUCCAAUUUUGUGAAAG